UCAACCAUAAUACUUUGUGAGCGACAAAGUGAGUUGGUAGUUGAAACUUGAAAACCUUGUAGCAAGUGAAAGAAGGAUAUUGGAGGAAAGUGUGGCUGGAAUUGGAAGCAGUACAAACAUGUCUUGGUGCGUGAAGCCAUUGCAGUUCCAGUUACAGCUGCAUCCAAUUAGAACAACACCAACAACAUCAUGCUUCCACUCCCACAUCUCAGGAGCAACAACCUCGUCAUCACUGUCUCUCCGACCUCGAUCUCCUCUUCCUUUGACCCACAACCUCGUCUUUCACUCCCAACACAGACAAUUCAAACGCUCUUCCACCACCACCAUUCGCUGUUCCUCUGCGUUGACUCCUGAAUUGAAGUCCACCUUGGAUAAAGUUGUGACUUCAAACAAAGUGGUUCUGUUUAUGAAGGGAACCAAGGAUUUUCCACAGUGUGGAUUCUCAAACACUGUGGUGCAGAUAUUGAAGUCUCUGAAUGUGCCUUUUGAAACGUUAAACAUAUUGGAAAAUGACAUAUUGCGCCAAGGACUCAAGGAGUAUACAAAUUGGCCUACUUUUCCUCAACUCUACAUAGAUGGGGAGUUCUUUGGUGGUUGUGAUAUCACUGUUGAGGCAUAUAAGAACGGGGAAUUGCAGGAACUGUUGGAGAAGGCAAUGUGCUCUUGAAGCCUCAUUGCUCAAGAGCAGAUGGAAGGAAUGAGUUAGGGUUGAGGACUUGCCAUGUUAAUUAUCCUCCCUAAACUCAUAUAUGGACCAAAUAUAUUGUCUAAUUCAUGUGUCUACAAACAUCUAUUACAAGUACCACAUCACAAUUAUCCUGGUAUUUGAAUACAAAGCAGAUGAAACUAUUGUUUAGAA